CUCUUCUUGCAGAAACAACCGCCAGCUCCAGUACGACUAGAACAGCACCUCCAAGUAGAAGCACAUUUUCAAAAGAAACAUGUCAAAAUAGUUGUAGCACUACUUCUUCAUCUCGAGGAUCCUUAUCUUGGAGUUGGAAGUGCCUCGUCCGCCUCUACCCCCGUGGCCCCAGAACCAAAAUUUUUUCCAAUCCCAACACAAGAAAACGCUUCAUCGAUCCAGUAGAAUCCCUCAAUUACGGACCACGGCCGCCGAUCUAUUGCUAUGGCGCUUGGGUCCAGUUUCUCCCUUGGGCUUUGCAGAACAUCAUCCAUAAACAAGUGUUGUGCUACAGUUGGUG